AUGAGCAUGCGAGACUUGAUUCAAGGGGAGGCCGAGCUCGACGACGAGGAGAACGAUGAUUCUUUCGAUGAAGACACCGGCGAAGUUCGCCCGCGCAAAGGAAAGCAAAAUGGCCGGAUUGAUGAUUCUAGUGAGGAGGAAGACGAUGAUGAUGAUGAGGAGGCAGCACGCGAGGUCCGCGAGGGAUUCAUCAUCGACGACGAAGACGAAGAACCAGACGAUCAAGAACGUGCGCGAAAGAAGAGAGAGCGCAGGAGAAAACGCCAUCGUGAGGAGGAGGAAGCUGCCUUGGAUGACGAAGAUCUGGAUCUCAUUGGGGAGGCAAACCCUGAAUGGGAGCGCAAAGCUGCAGCACAGCCAAAGCUCAAGCGGCUGAAGCGUGGCCACCGGGACGAUGAUGACCAACCUGGAGAGCGUGGCCUGGACCAGAUAUUCUCUGAUGACGAGGAACUAGAUGCACCACAUGAAUACGAACGUUCAUUUAAUCGACCUGACCAUCAUAGGGUUGACGAAUUCGCGGAUUUCAUCGAAGAAGAUGAGCUGGAGGAUGAAGAUGAGCGCCAGCGGCACCAGGAGGAAAUGGAAGUGGCCCGCCCACGCGAGAGAGGCUUUGUUGGUACCGGGGAAGCUUCUGGUCUAGAUAAGGAUGCCCUGGAUGAUAUGGAAGCCAUAUUUGGUAAUGGCGAAGACUACGAUUGGGCCUUGGCAUUGGAAGAUGAGGAAGAGGCUCAACAGGCUGGGGAACACAAUCUUGAACUUAAGCAUGUGUUUGAGCCUUCACAACUGGCUGAGAAGCUUCUCACGGAUGAGGACAAUCAAAUCCGCUGGGCAGAUGAGCCUGAACGAUUCCAAUUGGACCGAAUGCCUUACAAAAACCUUCAGAUUACCGACGAGCAAUUCAAAGAGGAGGCCCGCUGGAUCACAAGUCUCAUUUGGCCGAAGAAGCAGUUGCACAGCGAGUUGCAUGUUCCUUUCACCAAGGCGAUUGGUAAAGUUCUGGAGUUCUUCGUGGUGGAUGAAGUUGAAGUUCCAUACGUUUUUCAACAUCGUAAAGACUACUUGAUCCAUGCCACAAGAAACAGAUCUUAUCAAAAUGGCUCUGAUGAACCCGAGGUCAAUGUCACUGCCGAGAAACUUCUCAACCAAGACGAUCUUUGGCGGAUUCUGGAACUAGAUUUGAAGUUUAGAGCUCUCAUUGAAAAACGGAACGUCCUUGAAAGAACAUACGACAAUUUGAAGCUUGCUUCCGACAUUCGCGACAAGAUGGUCGAAUCUAUGCUUCCUGUCGCUGUCACCAUGGAAGAACUCCAGGACAUCCAAGAUUACAUAUACUUUCAGUAUUCAGCAGAGAUUAAGGAUUUUGCGGCUACGAAUGGUGACGUGAAAGAAAAACGUCGCGCGGGGGGGAAGUCAUCUCUCUUCGAUCGCAUUCGAAAAGGGAGAGCCUACCAGCUUGUCCAAGCCUACGGCAUCACGCCAGAUCAGGUCGCUCAAAAUGCGUUGCGGGAGGGCCGGAAACAAUAUACUGAAGACGCUUCCAGCACUCCUAUUGACUUCGCCGACUCCCUCACCUCCGACAGCGAUUUUAAUACUGGUGAGGCAGUAUUACUUGCGGCCCGUCAAAUGUUUGCCGAAGAACUCUUUAUGAAUCCUCGUAUGCGAAAACACUUCCGUAUGCACUACUACAUGAUGGGCGUGGUCGAUUGCCGGAGGACUGACAAAGGCUUGCGGAAAAUUGACGAGCAACACCCAUACUAUGAGCUAAAAUACCUCAAAAAUCAGACAUUUGGUGAUAUCGCGAACAAACCCGAGAUAUUUCUCAAGAUGCUCAAGGCCGAAGAGGAGGGCCUCAUUGAAGUCAAGGUCUCUCUGCAAAAUGAGAAGGAGUUCCGCAAAGCACUUUUCCAGGAAUUCCAAUCUGAAAACUACAGCGAGCUUGCGGAUGCCUGGAACGAUGAGCGCAGCAGGGUUCUUGAUUUGGCGUUCGUCAAGCUAGAGCGUGUUAUCACAAAAGGUGUCAAGGAAAGCAUGCGAACAGAAUGCCAAGAUUCUAUUCUCAAACUCUGCCGAGAGGAAUAUUCGAGGAAGCUCGACCAAGCUCCCUACAAACCAAAGGGCAUGAUACUUGGAACGAUUCCUCGAGUACUCGCCUUGUCAAAUGGCAAUGGCGAUCCAACCCGCGAUGCUGUCUGCUGGGCCUGGGUGGAGGAAGACGGACGAGUACUAGAGAAUGGCAAGUUCAACAACUUGACCAAAGAUGAGAAGGCCAGAGCAGACUUCGUGGAACUGGUGCGGCGCAGGAAACCCGAUGUUCUCGCAAUCAGCGGCUUUUCCGUCGAGACACACCGACUCAUCACAACUCUCAAAGACUUGGUAGAAUCUCACGGAUUAAGGGGCGCAGAAUUUGAGGACAACGAAACUGGCGACGAUAUGAGCGAGCCCUUGGAUGUUGUUGUGGUGAAUGACGAAGUCGCUCGACUUUACAAGGACAGUACACGCGCUGCCAUUGAUCAUCCAAAUAUUCCUCCACUCGCCAGAUACUGUGUUGCAUUGGCCAAGUAUAUGCAAAAUCCAAUGAAGGAAUACGCGGCACUAGGGAAAGAUGUGGUCUCCCUAUUUUUCCAUUCCUGCCAGCAACUUCUUCCCGUGGAGAAACUCCGCAAACAGCUUGAGACGGCCAUGGUAGAUAUGGUCAACCUUUGCGGAGUCGAUAUCAACGAGGCAGUCGGCGAUUCUUACACGGCCACACUUCUCCCAUUUGUGUGCGGCCUCGGGCCCCGAAAGGCAACUGCUGUAUUGAAGACGAUCAAUCAAAAUGGCGGCAUUGUUAAUACUCGUGACGAGCUUGUGGGUGAUCCCGACAGUCACAAACUGCCCGUUGUAGGACCCCGAGUCUGGAACAACUGUGCAAGUUUUCUGUCUAUUGAUUAUGAUAGCUCCAACGCCAUGUCUGACUAUCUCGACAAUACUCGAGUGCAUCCAGAAGAUUACGAGUUGGGCCGGAAAAUGGCUGCUGAUGCGUUGGAGUUAGACGAGGAAGAUGUCAAGGCCGAGGUCGAUGAGGGUGGCCCUGGUGCAAUUGUCCGCAAACUCAUAAAGGAUGAUGAGCAGGAAAAGGUCAAUGACCUGAUUCUGGAAGAAUAUGCCGAGCAACUUGAAAGCAAUUUUAACCAGCGCAAGCGUGCAACUCUCGAGACUAUCCGUGCCGAGUUGCAACAGCCAUACGAAGAACUUAGAAGGAACUUUGCUACACUUGAAGAUGACGAGAUAUUUACAAUGUUGACUGGAGAAACUGAAGAGUCUCUAUGUGCAGGCAUGAUCGUACCGGUCAAUAUUCGAGUCGCGAAAGAAGAUUUCAUCAUUGCAAAGCUGGACUCGGGCAUCGAGGGCAGAGUCGAGCACCAUGAGGGCUCAGACAAGGAUAUGCCCCCGCUCCUCAAUACUUUGUUCUCCCACGGCCAGACUGCUCAAGCAAAAAUUCUGGAGAUCGACCGCCAGAAAUUCAGCGCCCGCCUUUCUCUACGUGAAUCUUUGUUGAGAAUUCCAUAUAAGAGGAAUCUCGAAAUUGAUCCUAGGAUCUGGGAUGUGUUACAAGAAGCCAAAGACAAGGAGGAGCUGCGAGAAAAAGACAAAGCGACUGGCCGGACUCAGCGAGUCGUCAAGCAUCCCCUCUUCAGGCCUUUUAAUUCUACACAAGCAGAAGAAUAUCUAGGAUCACAAGCGCCUGGUGAUGCUGUUAUCCGACCCUCGUCAAAGGGCAAUGAUCAUCUUGCUGUUACUUGGAAAGUUGCGGAUGGUGUGUAUCAGCACAUCGAUGUUCUGGAGCUCCAGAAAGACAACGAAUUCUCUGUGGGGCGGACCCUUCGUAUUGGUGGCAAGUACACCUACAGUGAUCUGGACGAAUUGAUCGUGGACCAUGUGAAGGCUAUGGCCAAGAAGGUUGAUGAGAUGAUGCAACAUGACAAGUACCAAUCUGGUAGCAGGGCCGACACAGAAAAAUGGUUGACUACUUACACCGAAGCCAACCCAAAGAGGUCUGUCUACGCUUUCUGCUUGGAUACCAAACAUCCUGGAUAUUUCUAUCUUUGCUUCAAAGCUGGGCAGCAGGCUAGAGUCAAUGCAUGGCCAGUGCGAGUAGUCCCGAAUGCCUUUGAAUUGAUGAAGAGCCCCUACCCGGACAUGAAAGCUCUGUGCAACGGAUUUAAGUUGCGGCAUAUGAGUGAGGUGAGCAGGCCACGCUAG